AUGUCAGGUACAGACAGGAAGUGAUGUCAGGUAUAAAUAGGAAGUUCAGGUGAGAGGUGAGUGGGGAGGAAGUAGAGAGGAGACGUUGGUGGAAAGAAACCCCCAUAGAUCACAUGACAACAUUGAGGAUGGAGGAGGACCGGAGUCACAUGACUGAGAGGAUACUAAACCUCACCCUGGAGAUCAUCUACCUGCUGACUGGAGAGAGAUUUCCUCUUGUGAAGUCAGGUGAUCAUAUGACCAUCACAGUGCCUCCAUGUGACUCCCUAAAACCUGAGAGACACAACAUGCAGAAGAUUCUAGAAGUCACCAAGAAGAUGAUGGAGCUGCUGACAGGAGAGGUUCCUAUAAGGUGUCAGGGUGUCACUGUCUAUUUCUCCAUGGAGGAGUGGGAGUAUUUAGAAGGACACAAGGAUCUCUACAAGGACGUCAUGAUGGACAAUCAGCCGCCCCUCACAUCACCGGAUGGAUCCAGUCAUGGGAACCCACCAGAGAGAUGUCCCCGUCCUCUGUAUUCCCGGGAUUCCACACAGGAAGGUCACACCAUCCCUCACCAUCAUCAGGGUGAAGAUCUGAUGAAGAUGAAAGUUGAGAGUGAAGAAGAAGAGAUGUAUGUGAGGGAUGAUCAGCAAUAUACGGAGGAGGCUGGAAUGAUGAGGACAUUCAAAGAGGAGGACACUCCUACAGAGAUCCGCACAGGACACGCCAUCAAGAAACCCUCAAAGGAUCACCUCACUUUACCUCUAAGCUGUAAAAUGGAAGAGGAGGACAUCACAGGAGAUUGUGCAGGAGAAACGACAAUGAUCUCAGUUAUGGAUGGUGGACUUCACAGUGUGGAUGGACCAUCAAAUCCCUCUGACUCUGAGCAACCUCGUACUGUGAGCGAUGGUGCCGGAAUUCAGGGGGAGGAGAACUGUCCCUCUCCUAAUUGUUGGGAAAGUUUUGGCUCUGAAUCAAGUCUAACUGUACAUCAGAGAUCUCACACGGGUGGGAAGCUUCACCCUUGUUCUGAGUGCGGGAAAUGUUUUUUAAAAAAAUCAGAACUCAUCAUACAUUACAGAUCUCAUACGGGGGAGAAGCCAUAUUUCUGCCCUGAGUGUGGGAAAUGUUUUGUACAAAAAUCAGACCUUCUAAUACAUCAGAGAUCUCACACAGGGGAAAAGUUGUGUUCCUGCCCUGAGUGUGGGAAAUGUUUUUUCACAGAAAUCAUACCUUGUUAUACAUCAAAGGUUUCACACAGGGGAGAAGCCAUAUUCCUGUUCUGAAUGUGGGAAAUCUUACACACAGAAAUCAACACUUAUCACACAUCAGAGAUCUCACACAGGGGAGAAGCCGUUUUCCUGUCCUGAGUGCGGGAAAUGUUUUUCACAGAAAUCAGACCUUGUUAUUCAUCAGAGAAUUCACACGGGAGAAAAGCCGUAUUCCUGCCCUGAAUGUGGGAAAUCUUAUCCUCGGAAAUCAAAACUUAUCAUACAUCAAAGAUCUCACACUGGGGAGAAGCUAUUUCCCUGCCCUGAGUGCGGGAAAUGUUUUUUUACAGAAAUCAGAACUUAUUAGACAUCAAAAGUCUCACAGAGGGGAAGAACCGUUUAUAUGCCCUGAUUGUGGGAAAUGUUUCUCAUAUAAAUCAAG